UCUGUUCACACCAGUGGAGACUUUUUGAACUCAUGUUCUUUUGGGUUGUUGUUUUAAGUACUUUUACAUAUAGGAGUAUGCCCACAGGUAACAGGAAACCAGUGUUUCAAAAGGAAACUUGAUCACAUCGCUAGAUAACACAGGCAUCCCAAACAAGUGUGUGAGCGCCCCAAGGCUUGGGGCUGCUGCCAGAAGUACAUAUUCUUUUGAUUGGUAAGAACUGCCAGAUGACGCUUCAUGAAAUGUAUAAUGCAAGAAAGACUCAGAGAGCUCAAUAAAAGCCUUCCACCCAGCAGGUUGGGAGGAUAAGAGAAAGAAAGUAAAGCAACUACAGAAGAUGGCUUUGGGAGUUCCAAUAUCAGUCUGCCUUUUGUUCAACGCAAUGACAGCACUGACAGAAGAGGCAGCUGUGAUUGUGACUCCCCCAAACGCAGUCCAGCAAAGUAAUUGGACCGUGAACAAAACCGAAGAUGACUAUGCAGAAGGACCCAUAGCCUUGAGAUUUUCCCACCCUUGCCUGGAAGAUCAUAAUAGCUACUGCAUCAAUGGGAUGUGUGCAUUCCACCAUGAGCUAGAGAAAGCCAUCUGCAGGUGUUAUACUGGUUAUACUGGAGAAAGGUGUGAGCACUUGACCUUAACUUCAUAUGCUGUGGAUUCUUAUGAAAAAUACAUUGCAAUUGGGAUUGGUGUUGGAUUAUUAAUAAGUGGUUUUCUUGCUAUUUUUUACUGCUACAUAAGAAAGAGGUGUCUAAAACUGAAAUCACCUUACAACAUCUGUUCUGGAGGGAGACCACUCUGAGGAUUUGUGGGCGUUUUCAUCAUGUCAUUUGGGAAACUCAGUGGGCCCCACAUUGAAAUCCUCAAGUGAAAGAACAAAAACGUCAAGCUGACUAGACUUGAAAAGAAUGAAAGUUGGGAUCACAAUGAAAUAAGAGGAUAAGAUUCAACAUUGUUCUUUAGUGUUUGCCAUCAUUAGGAGCCAUGGAAGCCAAGUGAACGAGCUACAAAGGAAGAGGUCAAGUUUGCAAUCCUAACCUGGGUUUGUUUGUUGUGUGGUUAUUGUUCUCACUACAAAAAAAAAUUGUGUUUUGUGCUUCUGACCAUGUCAGAUGUAGGUUUUCCCGGGAAUAAUUGUCAUCCUUUCUGCAAGCCGCAGCAAUUCCAAGUUCAGCUUGCUACCCAGCAUUUGGAUAGCACAACCUAAAUGUGGGCUCUUUGUUCACUCAAUGGACCUCAUCCCAAGCAUUCUGUUUUUAUAGUAUCAAAGGAGUUUAAUCUCAAUUUUAGGGUGGUAUCAGUGUUAUGGCAUCUUGAGCGAACCAAACAUGUGUCUUAAGUGCAAGCCAUUGAAAAGAAAUGAAUGUCCAAAGAAAACACAAAUCAUAGCUAGCUUAUGACAAUACUGUGCAACUUUUAUCUGUGAAACAUGGAAUAAGCUAAAGACUUUCUCAGAACUAAAAGCCAUCUGGAUAUCAAAUCCAGAGUAGGCUAAGCAUUUCCUUUCCAUAUAGAUUAUGAAAUUCUCUGUUGGACUUAUGUUCCCUCUACUUUUGUCACUUCUAGUCAUUAUCAGUGGUAUUAACUGGUGACCAUUCAUUUGAAUUGAAAUCCAAGACUUUGGCCAAUGAUUAAAAGUCUACAACUGGUCCUGAAGUAGAAACUGACAAACUAGACAUGAGAGUUAUUUCACCAGCCAAGAGUGUGUGGAAACUUCAUCAUUUCUGAACAGAUCUGCACAUAGAAAAAAAAAAAUGGAGCAAUGGUAGAAAUAACAAUUUGGGAACCAAGGUCCUUCCUUUUUAAUUAUACUUCUGCUACAUAAUUCAUACAGUCUUGUGCAGGUCCCUUAAUUUCCUGGGGCUUUGGUUUCAUCUUCUCCAAGACUCUUGUGGUUCUAAAGUUUAACAAUGAGAGAAGAAAGAAAUUUUCUGCACUAUUAAGUGACAGAUGGAAGUGACAGUUCUAUCAUCAAACCAACCUCGAAGCCCAAAAACACACCACUAGCCAUUAUCUUAGAUGUAUAUUUUAAAGAUCAAUUUAUACAAUAAUAAUUUAUUUUUAAGAAAAAUAUAAAAUUAAAUUAAAGAAUUAUAACAUUAAACAUCUUUAAGUUUCAACCUAAUAGCGUGGGCUCAUAUUGUGACGUCGAUAAACAAAACAAUUUUGAUCAUGAGAUUGAUAGAGAGAAAAUCAAACUUGAGUGUUUGAACAAUGGCAGCCUAUUAAUAAGCCUUCUUUUGCAUUAAAUUAUAGAUUUUUAUUCGCUCCUAACUUCCCAUUUCGCUUUCCUUUGAAGAGAAGGGAUUUCACUUGCUUUGGUUUUCCUUCAGAAGGAAUUUAACACAGAUGAAUCACAGGUCAGCACUUUCUGCCUGUCUUCACACAGCGUUCAAAGGUUACAUCACCCCAAGGGGUGGGGAGCCAAGGUUCCACCCAUGACUCCAGCACCGCACCUAGAAAGCUGUGCUCUUCCUGAGCAUUUCAAAAAGAUGUAAAAAUGCCAGGGAGAGUCCAGGAAGGCGUGUCUUUAAGUAAUUAAGGACUGCCUCUUAAUGAAAGGAAAGAGGAAGCAAUGAUAGUGUCUACAGAAAUGGUAACCUAAAUGGUUACAAAUAUUGGCAGUCUGUAAAUACCUGCCAGUUUUAAACUUAUUACAUUGAAAUUAGAACAACGUCACAGCAGUUAAAAUUUUCAGCAUUGCUAAUCCAAAAUGUUAAUCCAAACAAAUGCUAAUACAGAUUCCUUCUUUCACCUAAGGAAAAGUAUGCAUUAACAAUAUAAAAUCUACCC